UAUACCUCUGCAGUCCGCAAGUCUCAACCAUUCACGGGAACCUGGUGUGGUGCUGUCAAGCUUCCUACGCUCACUGUAUUUGUAUUUGUCACCGCGUUGAAAAUGCCCGUCGUUGCUGGUCCUCCCCAAGGGCAUGGCCCCUCCACGUUGGAGAAGAUGAAGAUGGGUGCUCUGAUGGGCUCCACUGUCGGAGGCAUCAUGGGUUUCAUCAUCGGAACCGUUACCAUCUUCCAAUACGGAGCCGGACCUAACGGUGUCAUGCGCACCCUGGGUAAAUACAUGCUGGGUUCUGGUGCUACUUUCGGCCUGUUCAUGUCUAUCGGCAGCGUCAUCCGUUCCGAAGGCCCUCACAAUGAUGCCUGGCUCCGCGCCCGUGGUCCCCCCAUGAUGCUCCCCCGCCAGAGCCCUCUGCGCCCUAUGCGCGAGUAAACGCUCUAUGAGAUGGGGAUAAUAUCAAUUGGAGCGUGGAAUUUGCGAGACGGAAGGGAAACUGUACGAUAGCAUAUCCUGGAUCAUGGAACAAUGGUUGAGGAAUAAUUACCGACGUCGAGACGAUGCAGAGCAGUGGUGGCUGUAUAAUGUACAUAGGAGCUGCCUAGUCACCCGAUGCGAUGCAACGUAUCUGGGCGUCGUAACAAUGUUCCAUUAGGUUAAUUUAAUGGAUAUCAUGAAUGAUGAAUAGUCCAUAUGUAUGCUUGACAGAUGGAGCAACCACAUUUACCAGAUUGACUCUAUACUCGUGAGUCAGUG